AUGGCUUCUCUAACUUCAACACUCUUCCCCUACCGCACUGCCCCUCUCCCCCCCGUGCCGCUCUUCCUCGCACCAGUUCCUCCUCUGGUAGACCCCCCCCCCCCCCCCCCCUCAGGGUCCUGCCCCUUCAGGGGUGCUGCGUCUGGGGGUGCUGAGCCUGAGCGUGUGGAGCCGGGGGGUGCUGAGCCUGAGCGUGCGCAGCCUGGGGGUGCUGAGCUUGGGGUUGCUGAGUAUGAGGGUGCGAAGCCUGGGGGUGCUGAGCUUGGGGGUGCUAAGCCUGAGCGUGCGGAGCCUAGGGGUGCUGAGCUUGGGGGUGCUGAGCCUGAGCGUGCUACGCCUGGAGCCUUCAGCGUGACGCUGCUAGAGCUGGGGGGGCUGCCGCUGGAGAUCCUGGAGCUGGAGGCGCUGGAGCUGGAGGUACCGGAGGUGCUGGAGCUGCUGGUCCUGGAGGUGCUGGAGAGUGCCGCUGCUGGAGCUGGGGGGCCUUCCGCUGGAGGUCCUGGAGCUGUAGGCCUUGGACCUGCUGGUCCUGGAGGUGCUGGAGGUACUGGAGCCGUGGGUCCCGGAGGUGCUCGUACAGGAGGUACUGGAGCUGCUGGACCUGGUGGUGCUGCAGGUGCUGGAGCUGCUAGAGCUGGAGCUGCUGGAGGCAUUAGAGCUGGAGCUGCUGGAGGUGCUGGAGCCGCUAGUCCUGGAGGUGCUGUAGGCAUCGGCGCUGGAGGAGCUGGAGUUGCAGCUGCUAGAGGUACUGGAGCUGCUGGUCCCGGAGGUGCUCGUACUGGAGGUACUAGAGCUGCUGGAGCUGGAGGUGCUGCAGGCGUUGGAGCUGGAGGAGCUAGAGCUAGAGCUAUUGGAGGUACUCGAGCUGCUGGAGCUGGAGGUGCUGCAGGCGUUAGAGCCGGAGGCACUAGAGCUGGAGCUGCUGGAGCAUGUCCCUCUCGCGUCUCCUCCUGCGUCCUCUCUUCCUGA